AUGGAUAUCAUUGAAUAUGAUAAUGAAUCUGUGGAUGAGUACAUGGAUCAAUACUUGGAAGGUGAAGGUGAAGGAUCAGGCGGGCAUCACGUAAGAUUUGUAGAACCUGAAAAAGAAACACCUCAAUAUUAUAUGGAGGAAGCUAAACAAGCCCUAAUCGAUUUGAAAACCGUAAUAAAAGAGCCCGGUUGGAAAAAGAUGCUGUCAAAUAAAUAUACUACAGUUUAUAGUAAAUUAGGAUCUUUAAGAAAUCAAAAACUUCCGGUAUUUAUGGGUCAAUGCGAAAUUCGGGGCUUUGAUGUAUCUUUGGUGGAAAAAGUUGAAUGGACUCCGAAUGGAACGAUCUAUUUUGUAUUUACAUCGGUCAAUACAAUAAAAAUACCACCUGUUGCUGGUAGAAUUCGUUCAGCUCUCAGUCUCAGCGGCUGGAUCCUUGAACCUAUUUCUAGCAAUCCACCUAGUACAAAAGUGACGUAUAUUCUUCAACUUCAUGUUAGAGGAUGGAUUCCUUCGGUAGUUGCGAAAAAGUAUUUGGCAAGACGUCCUCUUAUAAUUAAUAAAAUCUAUAGUUAUUUGCAAAAGCAUGGUGCACCCGAAAUGUCCCUUCCUCCUACGCCGACAGAAUCCAAACAUACGACAUUGCUUCUAGAUAAUAAUGAACUUUCAAAUAAUAAAAUUUUGGAGCCACUGGCAGCUGUAGAUAAAGAACAAGAUGAACCAAAAAGUAAUAAUGAAGAAGAAAAUUCUAAACUCAUACCUAAAGAUCUUGAUCAGCCACCUGUUUUACUCUCACCAUCCGAACUUACUCCUUCGAUACACCAACCAACUUCAUCGUCUGAAAAUCACCCUAAAUUACCUCGACCAGAAUCAAAAGAACCGAUCGUAAACCAACUAAUUCCAUUGUCUGAAAAUCACCUUAAAUCGCCUCGAGAACCUAAACCAGAAUCAAAAGAGCCGACCGUAAACCAACCAAUUUCAUCGUCUGAAAAUCACUCUAAAUUGCCUCGAGAACCUAAAUCAGAAGCAAAAGAACUGAUAGUAAAAAAAGCAGAAUAUCUUCAUCCUCAUCACGACUCCGCGUUGAAGGCUCUCGAGUUGCUUAAAUCAUUGGCAAAAGACCAAACCGGUUGGGAAUUAUAUUCAGAAAAUAAAGGAAUCAAGGUUUACCAGAGGGAAAAUCCUAGUAGACCUUUACCAUCCAUGCGUGGAGAUGUUACUAUCUACGGAAAUUUUCUUCCAGAUGACGUUCUCUCAUAUGCCACCUCUUUAGGCGCAAGAAAAUUUAUGAUUGAUCGUGAUCCGGAUGGUACGGUCUGGUUUGCAACCACGUCGAUUGUUGAUCCCAAAAUUCCCGAAAACAAAAAAUAUGUUCGAGCAGAAUUAAUUCUCGCUGGAUGGGAAUUACGACCCGUUUAUGCUAGUGCUGGUAAUAGAAUCGCAGUUGAUGUUAAAUAUAUUGUUGAUACUGAUAUUAAACUUGAAUCGAUUCCAACGAGAAUUCUCAAGUCAAUCUCAAUGCAAACACCAAUGUGCGUUGCUAAAAUUGAUGAAUUAAUGAAAAAAAUUGGAUUUCCACCGUAUGUUCUAUAUACAACCGGAACAAUAAUAGAAGAAGGUUUUAAUCCCGAAAGCUAUCAAUAUGAUUCAACAAUAUUAAAUACUGAAGAAAAAAGGAUCACUGAACUUCGAAUAUCUAAUAAAAUGUAUCCUAAUGGCUUUAACAUUUCUAUUAUACCGAAGGAAGUCAAGGUUGACUUGAAUCCAGAUGAUAAGGAAAUUAUCCGUAUCGUUGUUCCGGUCGAUAUUAAUGCAGAAAAAUUACAAAUAAAACUAGUUAAAAAUACAUCUAAUGAUCAAAUUACAUGUAAUGGAAAAAGAAUAUCAAAAAUGAAAUCUAAGAGCGAAAUUAAGGACAAUGAACUUAGCAGGUCAAUCAAAACGAAUCCAGCUGUUACACGAAUGCAAUCUGUAACCAUCCAAAAUUCUAACUUUCCUAAAG